GGAGCGCGAGAAGCUGCCGCCCAUCGAGCCGGCGCCCAGCGCCGCGGCCGCGGGGUUGGAGAGAGGAGCCAAAAAUCAAUUUUCCACUUUCAGCAAUUUCAUCACAACUAUCAACCAAAAGAAGGAAGGCACCGGAAACAGGAGUCCACCCACGCAGCUUGUUAUACCUAACAUCAAAAAUGUGCGAGAUCUGCCACCUAUUUGCCUCGACGUCAGGCAGAAGCAGCGCAUGUCUAUGGAUGCACUGCCCCAGGAACUGAAAGCACCGAUCCCACCUGAACCCUCCCUUCCCAUCCGAACGAAAACUGUUAAAGAUUUUCAGGAUGAUGUGGAAAAAGCUAAGUCAUCAGGAGAUUGGAAAGCGGUACAUGAUUUUUAUUCUACAUCAUUCGAUUCUUUCCUGGAGAUAAAUGCUGCAUUUAAGAAAGAUGCGAAUCUUCCAUUUAAUACCAUUGAAGACUCUGGAAUCGAUGCAAAAUUUGUGAAUGUUGUCUAUGAUGCCUUAUUAAAUACUCCUCAAGAUGUUCAGAAGUCAGUCCUAAAGGGAAUAAUUAAUGGUCUGUUACAGGAAUGGAAAGGGCCACGAACAAAAGAUGAUAUUAGGGCGUACUGUAUACUUCUACAGAAUCCUCAAUUUAGUAACACUUCUACUUAUGUCAUCUAUGCUCACUUGCUAAGACAGAUAGCAGCCUUAACAGAAGCUGACCAUCAUUUCCUAGUGCACUGGUCUAAAAAGAUUGCGCAGGCAAGAUUCAAGCAGCUGGUGGACAGGUUACUGCAGUUUAUUUCUUUACGCUUGUUUCCUGCAAAACCUGAAGAGUUUCCACCCAUGAUGAAAUGUACCUGGUGGAUUCCAUCAGCAACCAAAGUCCUGGCUUUAUUUAAUGCUGCAAAUAGUCUAAGUAGCCCUUCUAUUAUUUCAUAUACGGAUUUCUAUAAUUCUACACUUGAUCAUAUUGAUCUUAUGGAAGAAUAUCAUAACUGGCAAUGUUACGGAAAUUCUCAUAGGUUUUCUUUCUGUCAAUACCCAUUUAUUAUUUCAAUAGCAGCAAAAAAAGUUAUUAUUCAGAGGGAUUCAGAACAACAGAUGAUAAGUAUUGCACGGCAAAGCCUUGUGGACAAAGUCUCUCGCAGACAGAAACCUGACAUGAAUAUGUUGUUCCUAAAUGUGAAAGUGAGGAGGACGCACCUUGUUAGUGAUUCACUUGAUGAGUUGGCAAGGAAGAGGGCAGAUCUGAAAAAGAAGUUGAAAGUCACGUUUGUGGGAGAAGCUGGUCUUGAUAUGGGUGGCCUGACAAAAGAGUGGUUUCUCCUGCUAAUUCGACAAAUUUUUCAUCCAGACUAUGGUAUGUUCACGUAUCACAAGGACUCGCACUGUCACUGGUUCAGCAGCUUUAAGUGUGACAACUACUCGGAAUUCCGGCUGGUGGGCGCUCUUAUGGGACUUGCUGUAUACAACAGCAUCACCUUGGAUAUUCGUUUCCCACCUUGCUGUUACAAGAAACUGUUGAGUCCUCCCAUUGUUCCCUGUGAUCAUAAUACACUUGUAGGCAUCUGUGAUGUUACAUUAGAAGACCUGAUUCAAGUUAUGCCAGAAUUGGCUCAUGGACUAAGUGAACUUCUAGCCUAUGAAGGCAAUGUUGAAGAGGAUUUUUACUCAACCUUUCAGGUUUUUCAGGAAGAAUUUGGUGUUAUAAAAUCUUACAACCUAAAGCCAAAUGGAGACAAAAUUCCAGUUACAAAUCAGAAUAGAAAAGAAUAUGUGCAGCUUUAUGUUGAUUUUCUUCUCAACAAAUCAAUCUACAAACAAUUUGCAGCUUUCUAUUAUGGAUUUCAUAGUGUCUGUGCUUCAUAUGCGCUACUGCUGCUUCGUCCAGAAGAGGUUGAAAUUCUUGUUUGUGGUAGUCCUGAACUGGAUAUGUCUGCUUUACAACGAAGUACCCAAUAUGAGGGAUACCAGAAAACUGAUCUUACUAUACGAUACUUUUGGGAUGUAGUACUUGGAUUUUCUCUUGACCUUCAAAAGAAGCUGCUGCAUUUUGCUACAGGAAGUGAUAGAGUACCUGUGGGAGGGAUGGCUGAUCUGAAUUUCAAGAUUUCAAAGAGUGAAACAUCCACUAAUUGGUUACCUGUGGCCCAUACCUGCUUCAACCAGCUUUGUCUCCCUCCUUACAAGAACAAGAAAGAGCUGAAGCAAAAGUUGAUAAUUGGCAUUUCAAAUGCAGAGGGGUUUGGUCUAGAAUGAGAGAAAGUUCUGCAAGAACAGCGUUUUUAUGUAGCAUUCACUCUCUUCUAAUUGUGCCUUUAAGCUUUUCAUUGUUGUCUCUUGAUACUGUGCAAAUCUUACCUGACUUUUUUAAAUUAAAUAUGAAGUGUGUGGGUUUUUUUGCUGUAUAGCAAUACAUUUACUGCUUGCUUUGUUAGAGAGUAUUCUUCCAACAAAAAGUUGAUAUAUUUGUUUAAGAAAAAAAAAAGACUAAAGCAAGUUCUAAGUUAUAGCUCAUUCCUGGUGAUUCCUAAUAGCACUUUAUCAUUAUCCAUAAUUACAUCAUAUGUAUCCCACUGGGAAAUAACAUACAGAAUAUUUCUUGAUUAACUAAUCCCAGUGACAGAAUGUCUUCAAUUAACAACAGUAGAGUGUAACAUACAGCAUGUAGCCAUAUUUUCACAAAGGCAAAUAGGAAUUUUAAUCUUUAUAAAAUGUAUGCAGUUUUAAUAUUAUGGUUUUCAUUCUCAGUUAAACAAGCUAAGAAGCAUGUAAAUAACUGCCGGUAAACAAAUACAGUUUUGAUAGUGUCAUUUACUGCUAAAAGUUUAUUUUUUAUUAAUAAGAGGUUUUAAAUGUUCUAUAUUCAGCUUUUACAGAUCAGCAGGAUUGACUGUACAUGGAUGUUAAAAGGUAAUUUUCAGGUUAAGUGGAUUCAAGGUCAAACUGCAGGUACUGAACAAUUUCUGUGUUACUCCUUUCAGAUUUACUGUAGUUUCAUAGAGUAAACAAAAGCAGAUAUUUAAAAUAAAUUCCUCCUAUUAAAAUAUUUGGGGAAAAGAAUGAAAUCUGCAGCAGAAUUAAAAAAAUGGAAUAUAUGUAUCACGCUGUCAUUCAUUCAGCAACUUUGAAAGUCUUAAGCUGUAACAUAAAUGAAUACAGUAACAUUCCAGCAGAACAUUGAAGACUUCAUUAGCUUGAACCCCCCAAAGCCAUUAUUUUAUAAUGGCUUGAACCUCCAUUAGCAACCCCUGAAGCCUAUAUUUUUUAGUUUUCCUGGCACAAACUAAAUUUAAAAAAAAGAAAAAAAAAAAAAAAACAGUAUGCCUGUUGAGAGUUAGGAAACUAGAAGCUGGGGAAAAGAGGGUUCUAAAAUACUGAUUUAUUAAACAGAAUUUAUUAGCAUGCAGGGUAAUGGAUUUUUCAUAUAAAAAGUUACUGUGUGCUCUAUAGAUUAUUUCAGCUGAAUGAUGCCUAGAUCAAUCAAGGUACUUAGGCAUCUAACUUGUCAGCUUUCCCAGUUGACUUCUACCUGAAGUUGGAUGCUCAAGUAUUAUUUAGUGUCUGUAGUCAAUUACUUAUUUUCAACAACAGCAACAUAUCUCUUGUUUUCCCUUUAUUUGCAUACAGCCAACAGUUUUUCCCAUGAUGAACAAAUUAAUUUGUCUCAACUGCCUAAACCCUAAAUUGUGGGUUUAGCCCUUGUGUGUUUUCUUAUAUAGUUAAGGGUAAAUUUAACUUUAUUCUCUUAACCUAGAGAAGGCAACGAUGCUUUCAUUAAUUUAUUAAGUAGAGGCAAAUAGUGGGAUACUUCAAAAUAAUUGACGUAUUAAUUGUACUCUUAUUGAAAUAAAUACUAGAAUUCAUCGACUUGAGCUUGGAUCAAAAUUAAGAUAGCACUGUGUUAAAAGCAGCAUUUCAAAAUUGGGAACUGUAUACAGUUUCUUUCAAAAAUAGAGAUUUUAAAAUAGAUUUCAAUUUGCAGGAAUUGAGAUGUUAAGGAAAUGAAAUUUUCACCAUUGCACUGAAUGAACUAGGCAGAAAUUUAGAAUUGCUUGAACCUAACAGCAGAAGAGGAUGUAGAUAAGAAAUCUGGAAAAAGCAACUCCCUUUCCCCCUCCGUAGAGCUGGAAUUGUGGAAUGUUGGCUCAUGAAUAGCUAUACAGUUAUCUGAAAACAAGGCACAUUAGCCAAAAUAUUUUUUUAUGGCUUAAGCCCAAUUUUAAUAACUAUUUAUCUAUUAUUGUUAAAACAAAAGCUUUAUCUUAUUUCCACUGAAUUGCACUGUCUUGGGUUUAGUUUUAUUUAUUAAAGCUUUUUGAUUUACUGUGUAAUAUUACCUCAGAAUUCUACAAAGGCUAUUG